AUGGACACGACGACAACAACACAGCAACGCGCGCUCUCAGCAGACGCCACCAGCAUGCCGUACGGUGGCAGCGGAACGCACACCCAGGUAGCGCAAGACCAACAACAACAAAACGUUCAGGAGGAUGAUGACGACGAUGACAACGUGGACGACAGCAACAACAGUGGCGCGUCCAGCGACGGGAGUGUGCCUGACAGCGAUGAUGAUUUGACAGCUGCUGAGCAGCGUUCCUUCAUGGCGCAGUGGAUGAAACCGCGCACCAACCCAGGCAUCCGUGUCGGCCCAGAGUUCCAGGCAUCCCUCCCGCCACCAAACCCAACUCCUUUCUCAGCCAAGCGUGGCGCUGACAGUGGCCAGGAACGCGCGUCCAGCUUGCAAGCAAAGCAGCCCAAGACAUUCACUUCGUAA